GUUGUCUGGCUUUGUGCGUGGACAACAUGCAGCAAGUGCAGGAGCUGACACCGCUGGAGAAAGUUGAGAUGUGCUUCACCGUCUUCUGUUUCCUCAAAGACUCCAGCGAUAAAUCCAGGGUCUUGCUGGAUGAGUUCCGAUCCUGCCAGGGUUAUAUCUUCCUGGCUGACUUCGUCUUGAAAUUGGAGUCAAUGGGCGACCAGGAAUCUGUCCACUCGUUAAGGAACCUUGUCCUCCUCAUCUCCUCGCUCACUCAGUGUGGCUACAGCGAGCUGAGGCCCAACUCGGCCAUCUACGAAGCGCCAUUCCAGGUCCAAGGGUUCACGCUACCACAGCCGAGCGGAAAUGGUAAUAGUGUCAGAAAUCUUCAAGCAUUCCAAGUUCUACAGACGAUAUUCUUAAAGGCCAACACGCGCAGCCUGUGCUCUGUCAUUCUGGAGGUCAUCACCAACAUCUACAACUCGGACAAUGCCAACUACUUCAUCCUGGAGCCGCAACACACGAUGUCGCAGUUCAUCGACCGCGCCACCACCAAGUCGGCCGAGAUCCAGCUCAAGAUCUUCGAGCUCUUGGAGUUUGUCGUCUUCAACCUGAACUUUGUCCCAUACAAGGAGCUGAGCAGCGUUAGUCUCCUGAUCAAGGCUGGAAGUGAUGUCGGCUGCCUGAUCCGCGCCAUUAAAUGCCUCCUUCGGAUCCUACGUCACAGCGGUGUCUACAAGGAUGUGUACAGGGAGGUAGGCUUGCUUGCCGUCAUGGUAACGUGCCUGCAUCGCUACGCCGCAUCACUCAAGGAUAACCAGCCAGACAACAAAGAGGACAUAUGUUCGGUGCCCGAGGUAGAUGUCCCUGAGCUGGAUGAAGAGCUUGCUUUCCUUGUGAUGGACUGUCUGACGCUGUUGCUGCACGAUAACAACGACAAUGCAACUGUGUUUCGUGAGUACGGCGGUGCCCGGUGCUCACACAACCUAGGUCCCUACAUCCAGUGCAGGCAGCAUGCCCUGGCCAUCGUACAGCAGCUGAUCCUAAGCAAGGACGGUGAGGACGACAUGGGCACGUUACUGGGGCUCAUGAACUCCACGCCGGCCAGUCAGUUACAGCUCAAGACGGAUAUCCUACAGUCGUUACUGAAUGUUCUGAGGGACAGCCACCGCUCCAGGACGGUGUUCCGCAAAGUCGGGGGCUUUGUGUACGUUACCACGGUGCUGGUUGCCAUGGAAGCAAGUCUGAGUGACAGCCUCAGAGAACCGUGGGAUACAGCCCCCAAGGACCAAGUCUUCACCCUCCUCCACGUGGUGUUCCAGACCCUCGCAGCUGCUAUGAGACAGGAGCCAGCCAACGCCAAAUUCUUUGCCUCGGAGAUUCGCUAUGAAACUUUGACCGAGGAAAUCAGACGUCUCGGCUGUUUCAGUGACGUCACAGAACUGCUCCCCCAGGCUCACUGCCCGGCAGUGAGCAACGAUGGCUCGUCAAACACAGAACCAUUCCACAACCUCUUCGAUAUUGGCGGCAAUCCCGACCACAUUUCCGAUGGCCUGAGAUCCUCUUGUCUACUACUCAGAUGCCUGUACGACACUGCCAUUGAUGCUUUCAGCAGCAAAUCAGCACAGACGCCCAUCAAUUCCCCAGCGUCCAGCCACCACGUUCACGACGCCUUCACCCCUCUGCCAACCCCGCCCUCCUCCCCUGGCAAACCCCGGUCCACCGUCCGCAGGUUAUCGCCGCGUUCGGCGGGGGCUUCCCCACCCAGUGCGUCAUCCCCUCUGUCGCCAUCGGCCCCACCCCCGCCCAACCACCCGACCAUCGUGCAUCCCGGAGCCGUGCUGGCGUUGUUGGACCUGCUGCCGUCGGUGCAGUGUGAGAGAGAUCGAAAGUUGGCCCUCCGUCUACAAAUGCACAUAGCCGACGUGAUCCAGGAUCUGGUCAAGAGUGAACGCAAUCAGCAGGUCAUGUGUGAGAACGGCCUGCCGCAGAGGUUACUGCAUCUAGCGUCUGCUGCCCUCGCUGACGAGGAGCAUCCACUGCAUAGUAACCUACAACACAUGCUGGAGAGGCUGGCCUCGCAGGCACUGGAACCCAAAGAUCUAAGGGAUUUCUUGAGGCUUGGCAGUCCCCUCAACUGCAAACCAUUAGACGAAUGCCCCAACCCAGCCAGCCAGUCUGGCUACCUAGACAUCCCCGUCAGUGCAAUAUCUAACGUGAACGCGGGCAACCCGAGCGCCACCGGCCCAGCUACCAUCAUCACCCCGGAGCAAUUUUCAUUCCCCGCAGUCUCGCCGGAUAUGUCCGACACGAACAGCGCCACCUCGGAACUCUCGGGCAAAUGCUCGUGCAAUCUGUGCACCACGCAGGGCAGCGUGGUUCCGCUGACCCGGGUCAAGUGUCUGGUCUCCAUGACCACGCCCCGGGACGUCCGGCUGAACAGCACGUCGGUCACGCCGGCGUUUGCGGAGUUUGACAUGAGCGCCGAGGGCUACGGAUGCCUGUACCUGCCCAGCAUCGCCCCGCAGUCCACGCCGUCCCAGACGGUGGUCAGCGUAGGAAUGGCCACAACCGGUGAUUCAGCUAAUAUCAGCGGAGUUGGAACAGGAGAGAGAGCAUUCCCGCCCCAGACCGGCCUGACCUACUCCGUCUGGUUCUGCGUCGACCGUUACUGCACGCUGGACACCAGCACGCACCCGGUACGCCUACUGACCAUCGUGCGGAACGCCAUCAGUACCGAGAACCACUCGACGUGUCUCCGGAUCAGCAUCGAGGGGCCCGAGAGGAAACUGGUCAUUAAUACGUCCGAGGAACCUCUAUCGAAAGCUGAUGACAGGCCAGACAACGACCCAUCGGCUGUGAGGGUGUUCUGCCCUGAGCUGGCCCAGGAAGGCAAGUGGCAUCAUCUGGGAGUGGUGUUUAACAAAGCCGUGCUCAAGAACAGCUCAGUAUCGCUGUAUGUGGACGGGACGCAUAUACACUCGCACAAGAUGCCGUACAUCCAGACCCACCUGCCCGGAACCACCAGCUCCCCGACCAACCUGACCUCCGUCUACGCCUACGUCGGCACCCUGGCCCCCCAGAAGAGCUUGUCUCGGUUGCUAUGGCGACUGGGCCCCACCCACCUCUUUGAGGACCCCCUGGCGGCGUCAACACUUUGUGCAAUCUACCUGCUUGGACCUACCAACGUUGGGAGCUUUCAGGCUCCGAGGCAGGAGGAAUUCAGUUCAGUGAGGGUUGACCUGUCGGCACUUCAGAUCCCAGAGGAGAAGAUCGUCAUCGGCAUCCACGCCCACGCCCUCUCAGUACUGACCAUCUCCAAGAUCAGGAAGACGUUCAACAAGUUUGACAGCAAGUCUGUGGCUAAGCAGUUGGGCCUGUCCACCCACGAGAACUCCACCCCAAUCCGCAUCAUCCACAACUCGGCGUGUCACCUCAGCGGAAGCGGACGGUCGUUCGGGGCAGUUCUCAUCGGAAACAUUGGUGUGAGAACUUUCUGCCCCAAACCAGUAGCCAGUACCCUUGAGAACAUCGGCGGGUCGGCCCCGCUGCUAGGCCUGAUAGCCAUGUCCACGGACGUCGAGGGGCUGUACGCGGCGGUCAAGGCGCUUGUCUGCGUGGUCAAGAACAACAGUCCGGCCAUGGCCGAAAUGGAACGGACAAGAGGAUAUCAGAUUCUUGCCUUCCUGCUGAAGAAGAAGAAGCAUCUGUUGAACAGCCACAUCCUUCACCUGACAUUCUCGCUGGUUGGAACCAUCGACAGCGGCCGGGAGACCACCAUCAUCCCUCACAGGACGGCGUUUGAAGACCUACUGUGUGACUUGGAGGUCUGGCACAAUGCCCCUUACGACCUCCAGCGCUCCCUCUAUGAUCACUUCUACGAGCUCCUGACGGACUCCAGCGAGGCCGACAAGAACCGUAAGAUGAUGCGACAGCUGCGCAUGGUCAACCGGCUACUGUACAUGCUCCAUGACCCCACCUUGACCCACGCAACCAUCCAGUCCAUCGCUAACCUGAUCAGCGUCAUGCUGCAAGGCGGGUCCAGCAGCGCGGACUUGCUGUCAGUUGGUCAGUUUUUGGCGUCCACCUUGCCCAACCUGUCCGCCGAUGAGAGGAUGGUUACACUGGAUGAACUCCAAUGUCUGGUCUCGGACACUGACUCCCAGAAAGGAAGCAGGGACAACGAGAGCAUGUCUGAAGACUGGACAGGCACCAUAUCCCCUCACAACAUCCACCUGAGGAAUGUUCUUAUGGAUGUCAUCCUCAAACUGCUCUUCACGCCGAACACGCACAACGCCAGUCCAAGCAUGUGCGAGGAGAUCUUGAAAAUCCUGGGCUACGAUUGGCUGCUGCUGUUCCUGCAGAGCCACGUACACGCCACUACGGUCAUCAUGGGACUGCGUAUCCUAGUAACCAUGCUGUACAGCCAAUCAGCGAUCAGCAAGUUCCGGGACGGGACUUUCGGUGGCGGCUGGCUGGACAAGACGGAAGCUGUGCUGCAGAAUAGGAUGGGUGUGGUGCUAGGUUUCAAUCUGGGCAAGGGCAAAAAGGGACUGCAGAACCGCGAGAUCAACCAGGAGACGUGCCACAUGCCGGGCUUCACGGUGCUCCAGUGGCUACUGCCGAGGCACGCCAGCGUACCAGGGAUCUACUUCCUCCUGAUGGCCAUGUCAUUGGGUCAGCAAGUCAGAGAACUCCCUGAAAACUGUCAGCUGGAUUUGAAUUCCAUGUGGCAGUUCAUCUUCGGCAUUCCUACCAACCAGCCCCUCUCUGGCCGUGUGGCUACCAACAUCUGCACCGAUGCCAUCCUGGUCAUACUGGCUCAGAUCAGAGCAAUGCUCAACCACACCAUUGACCCAGACGAGGAUAUUCCAUGGAUCCAGGAGUACCCAGUGACGCUCAUUCAGUUCCUGCUCUACCUGUAUCACAACGUCCCUGAGUUCAAACCGGUCUGCAUGAGUGCGCCGUUCCUGUGCGGUCUAGCGUCGACCAUGUUCCCGUAUACUGCCAACACUGAACAGGACUAUAUCCAUGUUGAGGAAUAUGUCAUAGUGCCGAGUGAAGACAGCAGUGAAUUAUCCUCGCCAUCUGAAGAGAUCAAAUACCUGCCUGGAUUGGGCAUACCUGUCUUCGGGAUAAAGAGCCCUGACAGAUAUUCAAAUCAAUCAGGCAAUCUGGCCAACCAUCCCGGCAGGCGCUACGUCAUGGACUUCCUACGAGUCAUCGUCAUGGACAGUUUGUCUCUCCCUGCUCCGAGCAAAACUCCACCGGUCUUGGAUCUUCUUCUGGAGGCGUCCCCGGUUCGAGCCUCGCCGGCCCAGACCAGCGAGUUCCAGACGGAGGUCCUGGCCAAUCUGAUGGAGCGGCUGGUGGCCGGCGACGUCUUGCUGGAGAAGGAGGGCGCACUCGCCAUAGCGGCGGGAGGCAGCUUCAACAACCUCAUCAACAAUGUAUUCUAUCUGAGCUCCAGGGUCGUGGAUAAACUCUGGCAGGGUGUUUUCAACCACAAGUCGAAGGAUGUGUUUGAGUUUGUGGUACAGCUUAUCAACCAGGCCAAAAGGAGAGGUUCACAUGGCAUACCAUGGGACACCAUCUAUCACUGUAUGAACAGAACUGUGCUGUACCAGCUGUCGAGACCGCACAACACAGUCGCAGAUCAGUACUCACUGCUGGAAUCCUUGCAUCAGAUCACCGAGAACCGCAACUUGCUGUUUGGACACAGCAACUCGGAGCAGGAGUUUGGCAUCUGUCUCUGCCACCUGCUGUUCAGCCUGACCGAUGAUCUCAGUGCUGGAGGCAUGUGCUUACACUGCCAAUCCACCGAGGUGAAUCGCACCACCCAGUGGCACGUCGACCCCAUGUACCCUGGGAGCCACUCUGAGGGGGAUUGUCAAGAACGUGAGAGCACCCAUGCUCAAGAAGGUCAACUACUAGUCCGCAAGGCUUCACGAAGAGUCUGGGAUGAACUCAUCGCAAGCAAAAAACAGUUCGUUGAGGAGAUCUUCAAAGUCACAUUGCCAAACUCCAAUGCUGGAACUAAGGGUGCUGUAUCAGUAGACCUUAAAAUUGCAAGAUCUUCCAUGGGUGAAACUGCUUCUAAGGUGUGGAACAGCUACAUCACAGCAGAGAAGAGGAACUCAGUACGUGAUCAACAAGUGUCCUCGCGGUUAUCAAGUAAAGUGAGCACCAGCUUCCAGCUCCUGUCCUCAAGUCGGAAGAGCAAGAGGGAGAGCGCAUCCUUCAAGUUCAACCUGCCGUCUAUCCAAGAGGCUAGCAUGUGGACGUUCACACACAUCUCCAUUGCCAGAGACCUAGUGGAGCUGCAGUUCAACCAACACCUAGAGAGCCAACAGCAUCUGCAACGGUACAUCACAGACGAGUGGUCCCAGAUGGAAAUGGAACUGACCAGGGAGAGGGGUCUCUGGGGCCCCCCGUGUGGCUCAGAGUUGGACAAGUGGAUCUUAGACAUGACUGAAGGACCUUGUAGGAUGAGGAAAAAGAUGUUGAGGAAUGACAUGUUCUACGUCAACUACCCGCAUCAGCAAGAGUAUGAUACCCUGGAAAAUCCGUCGAAAGGCCGCAAGCCAAUCAGUUUUGACAGCCGGAAGUUCUGGCUACGACAGAGAGGGCGGAGCUUGUUGGAUAGAGGGGAGGGGCCUGUGACAGAACCGGUGAUAGACACUGACAUAUUAAUGGAGGGGGUUGAGGAAGAAGCAGGCACUAGGGAAGGCCUGUGUCCGUCAUCCCUUGUGACCAAGCAAGGCAACUCCAGGCUAGACAAGGAGUGGGAAGACAGUGAGACCCCAGAUAUCGAAACCCCAGUGGACAAGCCAGAGGAAACCAAGACAGACAAUCAGAUGAUACUACGACUCAUGGAGGAAGGGGAAAAGAUUCGUCACAUGUUCCGCUGCGCCCGCAUCCAGGGCUUGGACACCAGUGAGGGGUUGUUGCUGUUCUGCAAGGAGCAUUUCUACGUUGUGGAUGGAUUCACGUUACUCAGCUCCCGUGAGAUCUGCGACAUUGAUGCCGUCCCUGCACAACAUCAGGAUCCGAUCAUUCCGAGAGCCUCGCGAGGUCAGAGAACCUACCAGAAGAGGACCUGCAGCAAGUUUGCCUACGAGGACAUCCGCGAGGUUCACAAGAGGCGAUACCUCCUGCAGCCGUCAGCCAUUGAAGUCUUCUCUGCUGAUGGCCGGAACUACCUGUUGGCAUUCCCUCGCAAGGUCAAGAACAAGGUUUAUGCCAGGUUUGUUGCCGAGGCACCCAGGCUUACAGACGACACGACGUCCGUGGCGGGACAGAAGAGGAACGUACAAGUGGAAGGAGGGAGUAGCUUCUUAGGACUUGGCAAUCUUAUUGGAGAAACGACCGUCACACAGCGUUGGGAGCGAGGAGAGAUAUCCAACUUCAAGUAUCUCAUGGCACUGAAUACCAUAGCGGGUCGGAGCUAUAACGACCUCAUGCAGUACCCGGUGUUCCCGUGGAUACUUGCCGACUACGAUUCUGAGGAGCUGCGUCUGGACAAAUUCUCGACGUUUCGGGACCUCAGCAAGCCAAUGGGAGCACAGACAGAGGCCAGACUGCAACAGUUCAGGAAACGCUACGAUGAGUGGGAGGACCCAACAGCCUUUUCUCCCUCUUUAGCCGGAUCCGUCGGCGAAUUCCAAGGUGAGACCCCGCCCUAUUACUACGGCACCCACUACUCCUGCGCUAUGAUCGUAGCCUCCAUGAUGGUCAGAAUGGAGCCCUUCACCAAGCAUUUCCUCCGGUUACAGGGUGGCCAUUUUGACCUGGCUGACCGCAUGUUCCACAGCAUCAAGGACGCUUGGCUAUCGGCCUCUGAGCGUAACAUCGCAGACGUCAAGGAGCUCACCCCGGAAUUCUUCUAUCUGCCGGAGUUGCUGACCAAUCACAACAACUUUGACCUCGGUAUCAAGCAGAAUGGUGUUGAAUUGGGUGACAUCAUUUUACCGCCGUGGGCCAAGGGAGACCCAAGAGAAUUUAUCAGGAUGCAUCGCGAGGCAUUGGAAUGCGACUUUGUCAGCAUGCAUCUACACGAGUGGAUAGAUCUCAUCUUUGGCUACAAGCAGCAAGGCAAGGAAGCCGCCGAGGCCCACAACGUCUUCCACCAUCUCUUCUACGAGGGCAACGUCGAUAUCUACAGCAUCGACGAUCCGCUCAAGAAGAACGCCACCAUCGGGUUCAUCAAUAACUUUGGACAGAUACCGAAACAGUUGUUCAAGAGGCCGCAUCCCCAGAAGAAAGUGAGCAACAAGAUUGGCGAUUCCAGCGGCAAUGUCAUUCCCAUCCGGCGAUUGUUCUUCAACAACCUGGACACGCUCAGACCAUCACUGCAGCCUCUCAAAGAAUUGAAGGGUCCUGUCGGCCAAAUCAUCCCCUCGGAUCGUAUCUUGCUGGCUGUAGAGCAGAACAAGGUCCUCAUUCCGCCCGUUUACAAUCGCUUCCUGGCUUUCGGUUACGCCGACCUCAGUCUGCGUAUUGGCAGUUACGACUCAGACAAGGCAACCACGGUGUUUGAGGGGACGCAGAGUGGGCAGAUACUGUGUGCUGCCUGCCCGAAUACCAGAAUGGUUAUCACUGGAGGGGCUAGUACGGUGGUGCAUGUAUGGCAGCUGGAGAUGCGAAAGGAGCGAACAAAGCAGCUGUACCUAAAACAGGCCCUGUACGGCCACAACGAUGCCGUCACCUGCCUAGCGGUCUCAACGGCAUACAACAUCAUCGUCAGCGGCUCCAAGGACCAAACCUGUCUCAUCUGGGAUCUCAAUCGGCUCAUGUUUGUCAGGCAGCUACGGGAUCUCGGAGCGCCGGUGUCUGCCGUCGCAAUCAACAACCUCACCGGCGACAUAGCCACCUGCGCGGGUGCAUUCCUGUACCUCUGGAGCAUCAACGGUGACCCGGUGGCUAGCGUCAAUACAUCGACGGGACGAGACCAGAGGAUACUCUGCUGUGCCAUAUCGGAGUUGGUUGAGUGGAACCCUCUUAAUGUCAUCAUGACAGGUUCCAGUGAUGGCGUUGUCAGGAUGUGGAGUGUCGAGUACGUACAGGUCCCUGACGUCUCCAACUCCAAGAGGUCCUCGACCUCAAACAUCCCGCAAGCAGUCGAAGCGUUGGCCCCCAAGGUCAAAGACGAAGACUGCACCUCCGAGAGCCAAUCAGAGGACAGCCAAAGCGUCAACAGUGCCCUCAUUGACGACAGCGAGGUCUCCACCCCGACCAAGGACAGCGUGGAUAAAGUCAUGUCGGACUCGAGCCCGGAUGACCUGAGUGAGGGCGCCCCAGAUUAUGGGACCUUGAAAGCCAAUCGGAACUCUAAGAUCAGCUUGGAAGAGAGUCGGGACUAUACCUCCCGGCCCACGCCCCCUUCCAGCCUCCCAGUGGACGGGAACUAUGUGGAUAACCAGCAGGGGCCGGGGAUAACGUUAACCCAGCCUGGUGACCUCCCGACGACCACGCCUGAUACCCUAGACUCCAGCAGUGACCAGACCAGCUUCACCACCGCUGAUGACAUGAGUGACAUCAUCAACGGUAACCAAGGGGAUGACACGGAUAGCAUCAGCAGCCGUCAUCUUGGCAACCAGGGCUUGAGGGUCGAGAACGAGGUGUCACCGCCCAGCCCCAUGCAGCGGGGGGAGUACGUCAUCUUGUCGGAGAGUGACUUUGACAAGUACGAAGAUGAGUACAGAGAGAGGGAGAAGAUGUCAGCUUCUCAUAGAAAUAAGCUCAAGCCAGGUUUCAAGUGGCAGAGACAGCUAGUAUUCCGCAGCAAGCUGACCAUGCACACUGCAUUUGAGCGCAAGGACAAUGCCCAGCCCGCUGCAGUCACCGCGCUGGCGAUCUCACGAGACCACAUGAAGGUGUUUGUCGGGGACGAGCGUGGCCGGGUCUUCAGCUGGUCAGUCGGUGACCCCCAGGGCAAACUGAUGACUGACCAUUGGGUCAAGGAUGAGAGCAGUGAUUCCUGCACGGCAUGCGGCACCAAGUUCAGCUUAACAGAGAGGAGACACCACUGCCGGAGCUGCGGCAAACUCUUCUGCUCCAAAUGCAGUCGGUUUGAAUCGGCCGUCCCGCGACUCCACAUCAACAAGCCCGUCCGUGUCUGCCAGGCCUGCUACAACACGCUCAGGCUUCCCAAAGAACCAGACUCGCUCUUUAGACUAUAAACGGACUGAAACAACAGCUGUCUCAGAAUCGACACCAAAUUUAGCCACGUUGAAUAUUUCUGCAGAUGAUCAGGGGUCCGAUUUCAUGGGACUGCUAAGCACGCAAGUUUGCUAAGCACAGAAAAUAUCUGCUUAGCAGAUAUUUUCAGCUUAACAGGUUACCGGCCAAAAUGUACUCGCUGUACAUUGCUGGCUACUGGUCCUCAGCAGAUUAUCACUUAGCACUUAAAUCUGCUAAGCAGUUUGGUAAAACUUUGGCCCUGAUGUUUAUUUGAAGCAGGUAUCUUACUAUUUUACUUAUAUUUAUCAGCGCACCAACUCGAUACAUGCUGAUUGAGAGUGAUAUAGUUCUUGAUGAAGCUUUGCUUCUACACUUCAGUGGUUCUGUGUUUGAACUUUUUGUAAUUUAUAAGGAAGAGUUGAAAAAAGGUUCUGAUUGCAGAAAAAAAGAGAUUUUCAGGCAGUAGAUGGGGGCCAACUCACUAAGGCAAAUUAAGCAAAUUAAACAUAAUGCAAAUGUUAAUGAUCGGAGUUAUCAGUGUACUGUCAUAAAGCUGUUGCAAAAAGCUCGAUUCAGAAAAGAUUCGAAAAGCUGUUUUGGAAAAUGCCUCAGACCAGAUGUUCCUACAUGUUUUUGAACCAUCUCCAGUUCUGCAAAGCUCACCCAUUUGAAAUUGCAGGCUACUUGUACUUGUGCUAAAAAAAUACAUCAGUGUGUCACAAGAGGGCAGUAUAUAAAGAGUGCGUCUGAUGUUUCCGUCAUGCAGCUGUAGUUUGACAAAUUGCGAAAUGAAGGAGUCUAUUUCUUCAAUCUGGGGUUCUUAAGCAGUCAAUGGUACCUUACAGUCGGGUCCCUGUACAUACCUUUUUGAGGUCAGCAGUGUGAACUUUGACCUCCAACCUUUAACCCCUUGACAUCCACGUCAAAAUGUUCAUCUUUGGUAUUUGUUGAAAACUUGUUAAACAAAAUAAUGUAUGCGCAAUGGCUGUAUACAAAAAAAGGUGCCAUGUUUGUAGAAGGGCUACGAAACUGUCCUUUUGUAUAUAGCUGUGUAGCAGUGGUAUAUAUUAAAAAUAAAAUUGUAUAUAUCUAUUAUUGUAAAUAUGAAUAGUAAGAAAUAUGAAAGUUUCAUGCAAAAAAAAAAGACCAAUGUAAGCGUUCCGUCGGUUCUUGCCAAACGAGGAAGUACGGUUCCUCUGGGUUAUACAUAUAUGCGAGCUGUAAAAUAAUUGGUUGUGAUUGGUGGACACCGGGUCACAUGGUUUCUGGUCCCUGUGAUGCGAAUGUCUUGCAAUAUAACAAGUUUAAUUGAAAACAAAGAGUAUUGCUGGCAAAAUUGUGCGAAAUUGUUGUGUCGGUUUUGAAGAUUUUACGCCAAAAGUUUGGUGCAAAUGAAGGUGGUUUCCUUAUCAGGCUUUCAAUUUCAUGUCGGUUCCCAAGUUCGGAGAUACCCAGAUAUUUAUCCUCUUUUUAGGAAAGCCCCUAGAUAUGUUGAGAGAUUCCAGCCUGUAAUCUUAUAUUUUGGGCAGAAUGUUUAUAUCAAUAUAACGUCAAUAGUAAUUUGAAAACCAAGUUAUACUUUUGUAUAACUUUGAUUAUAUGGCUUGUUGUUCGUCACUGCAAGUAUACAAACGUGACCAAUAUAUUAUGAGGUGCAGCUUUUUAAAAAUAUACCACGAUCAGAAUAUCACAUAGUUGUCACCCAUGUGUAAAGCAUACUCUCUGAAUAACAGAGAAAGUGUUAUAAACCACCAUUAUGGCGCCCUCAUCUGGCAGAGAUGAACCAGUGUACAGUACUGCUAAAUAUUCAUGUGCAAUGUUACUUAAUGGUAUGGUAAUCAAGUGAUUAAUAUUCAUGUAUGCAAAGAUGUAUAUUAUUCCCUUCUAUAGAUUUUUGUUUUGGAUUUUUUGACUUUAUUUCAUUUUAUACUGGCUGAAAUGGGUUAUCAGAGUCGGUAUCAAAUAACUGUAAAAAAAAAAAAA